UAUAUCUGUGAUAAAUACUAGUAUAUAAUUUAUUGACUACCGUUAAUCAAAUUUAACAGCAUAUAUAAAAAGUGCUCUUUAAACCUUUUAAACUCUGCCAUACUGUAAAUAUUUCUACAUGUUUGCUAAUCAACCCAUUGAUAAUUGAUUAGACUAAUCAAAUAGAACAGUGUAUACAAAGUGUUCUUUAAACUUGUUUAAACCUCAUCUAACUGUUAAGUUAAGCGAUCCAUUGAUAAGGGUAUACUUGUAACAACAAAAGUAGGACACGAUACACAGUCACAUGACCCGAUAUCACCUUACAUUGGUAACUCAGAUAAAAUUUUAAUAUUUAAGUUAACAACGAAAGAAAUUAUCAAUAGUGACAAAAAUGGCUUCCUAUUUGGAGAGUUCAAUUAAUAAAGGAUCAGACUUUGAUUUUUCUUGUUUCACCUGUCAGGAAAAUGAAAGAAACACAGAGGCUGAAUUUUACUGUGAGGAAUGUGCCAAGUUUUUUUGUGGGAAAUGUGUGAAGCUCCAUAACUCACUUUUUAAGAAGCAUGCAACAUUGGGCAAGGUAAACAUCAGCCAGUGGCCAGAGAACAAUGUGGAUUCACAAGAGCUAUGUCAGGAGCACAAGAAAGAAAAACUGACAGGAUUCUGUGAGGACCACAGUGAGCUGAUAUGUCAUGCCUGCCAUAUCAACAAUCAUCAGAAAUGCAGUCAUGUGGUACAUAUAGCUGACAAAGUGAAAAACCUACAUCAAAAAGGAGACUUCAAGCAGUUGUCAGCCACUGUUAAAACACAACAACAGCAUUUGAUACACAAGAAAGACGACUUUGAGGAAAAUAUGAAGUCUCUUGAGAAAUCUUACCAAAAAAUUCUGGAAGAAAUGAAUGCUUUACGCAAGACAAUUAAUGAUUCUUUGGAUCUACUGGAGAAGAAUACCAAGAAGGAGUUGGAUACAUUACUGGCCACCAUGAGGACAUCUAUUCAAACUGACAUUGAAAUCUGCUCAAAGUCCAUCACAAAUAUAACAUGCUUAGAACAAGAUUUGCAAACAAUAAAAGACAAAAGUGAAGCACUGAGUUUUAUCAAGUAUAGAAAAUGCCUUGACCAGUCCCACAACGUAGAAGCAGUUUUACAAGAAAUGACAUAUAAGAAUGAGAGGACACUAACCUUUAAUCCUGCUACAACCAUCCAACAAACCCUGUCCACCCUCUCAGGAUUGGGACAAAUACUGAGCACAGUGAAACAAUCACAACCUGCUAAAAGGACAACACAGAACACAGAAACCAGACAGAAUAAACUUUCAGCAUCCAGCAAGUCUGACACUGAAAACCAAACAACUCCAGGAUUCAAAGUAAAAAAAUCCAAUCCAGAAUCCAGUUCAUCUAGACAGUAUAGCACUGGAAACCAAACGAGUGAUGUGACCAAGUCAGGUCAUGUGUCAGAUCCGGUAGCAAGUUUAUCACACCUGCUGAUCCAGGGAUGUCAACCAGGUGGAGUAAUCGAACCUGAUCCAAUCAUAAAAGUGAAUAGAAGUAAGAAGUAUAAUGUGAAGAUAGUGAGGGAUUCAUCCAACUGCUUUAUAUCUGGUAUAUGUGAGACAGCCACUGGAGAACUCCUCAUCUCAGACUACGAUAACAACUGUGCAAAGCUGCUGGAUCAGACCUUCAAGGUGGUGGCCCACUGUGACUUGCCUGAUUCACCAUGGUCCAUGUGCAGCAUUGACUCAAGUGCUGUGGCUGUUAUUCUGAAUAACUGUGAGGUCCAUUUCAUCAGAGUGACCAAUGGUCAGCUGGUAAAGAACAAAAUACUGAAGCUCCAACAUAGCUGCACGAGUAUUGCCCAUCACAAGGGUAAUCUGUACAUUGCAGGUGGUAGUGCUCUGUAUCGCUAUACUGUGGUUGGAAGACUCAUGGUGAGCAAGAUGUAUGAGAAUACAUCAGAUUUAUGGACAGUUGGAGCCUGUGCAGUGAGUCCAGAUGGAGACAGGAUAUAUGUGGCCAACCUGACCAGUAAUCAGCUGGUGACACUGUCCAGGGAUGGCACAGUAAUCUCCAGAUUCACUGACCCUGCACUGGACUGGAGAUGGAAUGCCCAUUCUGCCCUCCAUGUGACAGACUCAGGACAAGUUCUGGUGUGUGGAGUACGGUCCCGCAAAAUCAUCCAGGUAGACAGGGAUGGGAGACAGAGACUGGCAGAGGUGGUCACAGAGAAGGAUGGUGUUACUUACCCUUCAUCUGUUUACUACAGGAAGCAUACAGGCUCACUCAUUGUGGGAAUGAGUGGCAAUGAUGACAUUAUAGUGUUUGAGUCACAGUGACUGUUGGUGUAGGAUGAUGCUCAUUUAUAAUAAUAUUUACAAUCAUAUAUAUGAGUUGUCAUUUAAAAUGGUGUUCCAGUUUUGUAUACAGUGCAUAUAAGACAAAGUGCCUGUUGUAAUAGGACACAUUAAUUAUCUUCAUGUAGGAAAAAAAUAGAAAUUUCCCAUAAAACCAGUCUUCACCAUAUCAAUAUCAUUAUGAAAUUCGAAUUAAACUAUAUAUACUGAUAA